AUGGGCAAUUCAACAGAGAACGAUUGUUAUAUAACGCCAUCAACUUCUUUUAAUGGAGAUGUAGAAAAUGAAAAUGAAAAAAAGCUUUUCUGGGUUCCUGAUGAAGAAGUAACUAAUUGUUAUAGCUGCAAUGUUUUUUUUAAUGUAAGAAUAAGAAAACAUCAUUGCAGAGCUUGUGGGAAUGUAUUUUGUUCAAAUUGUUCUGAUAAUAAGCUUAAAAUUAGUGAAUAUUAUUAUGCAGAAAAGGUAAGAGUUUGUGAUAGGUGUUUUAUAGAAAGAUCUUCUCCUCAAACUUUAUUAUUACAAGAAGAUCUAGGAGCAAGAAAGCAAAUAAAUCAAGAUUUAAAAAAAGCUUUAAGUGAAAAAAUGGCAAUUGUAGAAAGAUUUAAAACCUUUUUAAUAGAAUUUGAUAGUGAAAUACUAAAUAACAAUAAUUAUCAAGAAGAUUCAACUGAUGUAAUUUCUUUAUUAAAAAGGGGAGAAAAAGGAUUAAAAAUAUUGAAUGAUAAAAUAAAAAAUUAUGAUACAGUUAUUGAAAAACAGAAAAAUGAAUUGGAACAAUUAAAAAAGGAAAAAGAACAAAAAAUUGAAUUAAAUAAAAUAUUAAAUUUAAAAAAUCAAGAAAUUUUACAAAAAAAUAUGAAUAUAAAAAAUCUUUUAAAGGAAAAAAACGAUUUAAUAUUAGUAAAGGAAGAAUCAGAAGACAUUAUUGAAUUAUACAAAAAACAAGUAGAGAAAUUAAUUAUAAGAUGCAACAAAUUAGAAAUGGAAAAAAAAAGUAGAAGUAAAAGUGAAAAUAAUAAUUAUUCUUUUACUAAAACUAGUAAUGCAACUUCUAGUUCGUAUUUUCAAAAUUCCUAUAGCACACCUCAAAAUGAAAUGUGUUUAUCAUAUACAGUAGCUGAUGGACCAAGUGAAAAUGUAGAAGAAAAUUGUUGUAAUCGCUGCCAAAGAAGAAUAUGUUUCAUUAUGUGA